AUGCCUUUCAAACAGCCUCUCGGUGAACGUGCCGACGAGAAUCGCGUCGCGCCAUCGUUUAUUCGGCCGCUGGCCGAUAAGAGAGCAGUGGUAGGCGAGCGAGUUGUGCUGCAGUGCCAACUGGACGGUCAUCCGACACCGGCCGUCAAAUGGCUCAAAGAUGGUCAUAAUGUCUCCAACUGCCCUGAUUACGAGAUUCAAGAAGAUGGUCACGUUCAUCGGCUGAUUAUCUCACAGGUUCACAGUGCAGACAGUGGAAGAUUCACCGCUCAGGUUGUAGUACCACCCACCUCUUCACCCCUUGGCUUCCGGUAUCACAACAAGAGCAUCAUAACAAUAACGGCAGCAUGUUUCAUCUUUAUCUGGUAA